CAGGCACCACAGUUCCUGUAGAGAAUGUAGAGCGCUCACUAUGCUUUUGUUUACCGGCUCAAGGGAAUGAACUUUGCAUUGAAAUUCCGGCUCUGGAGGAGAUUUAGACAGGGUUAAUUCUUCCGAUUGAAUGGUGAAUUGAUAUGGCUUCGAAUCAACGUCUGCAGCAUCGAUUCCUUGUCCUAAGGAAACUUGGACAAGGAACUUAUGGAAAAGUGCAAUUAGCUUUAAAUAAAGAGACCAAUCAAGAGGUUGCUAUCAAAACCAUUAAAAAGGCUAAAAUUGAAAAUGAAGAAGACAUGCUUAGAAUUCGACGGGAAAUCCACAUCAUGACAUCCAUUCGCCAUCCUCAUAUAAUUCAUAUUCACGAAGUUUUUGAAACGAGGCAAAAAAUCGUAAUUGUUAUGCAAUAUGCCAGUGGUGGCGAAUUAUAUGAUUAUCUCGGAUGUCAUGAGACACUGCCAGAUUCGGAAGCCAGAAGGUUAUUUCGGCAGAUAGCAUCAGCCAUCUACUACUGCCAUAAGAACAAAAUAUGCCACAGAGAUCUGAAGUUGGAAAACAUCUUACUAGAUGAUCAAGGAAAUGCUCAGAUAGCCGAUUUUGGACUUUCUAACAUCUUCGAUGACAGAAGACGAAUGAACACAUUUUGUGGAAGUCCACUGUAUGCACCGCCAGAAAUUGUCAAAGGCUUACCUUACAAAGGGCCGGAGGUUGAUUGCUGGAGCUUAGGUGUACUUUUAUACACUUUAAUUUAUGGCACCAUGCCGUUCGAUGGUAGGAAUUUCAAAGAACUUGUGACACAGAUUUCUGAAGGAAGAUAUGAAGAGCCAGUUUCCAAAUCAAAUGCGAGUGGCUUGAUUCGUCGCCUGUUAACACCUGAUAUCUCCAGAAGAGCUACAAUUUAUGACAUAUGCAAAGACUCUUGGGUUAAUCAAGGCUAUGCAGAAUCUCUUUCAAUUGUUGCUGAGAAGAUGGCGUUGGAAGCUGUUCUUAAAACUAAAAACUUACGAGUUGCUCACCUUGUUUCCCAACCGAACAAUACCAAAAAUGGAUCUAAGCAAUUAAUUAGUCAAAAAGAUACAGCGCAGCAAAAAGAAAAACAUUCCGUGACAAAUAAUGGUCAUUCUGAUAUAUUAAGUUCCAUCAACGAUCAAAUUUCACAAAAAACUUCUCUUCAUGAACAAAUUCUAAAUUAUGAUGUAAGUUUCAUCAUAAAUAAACUUUUAGUGGCAGUUGAAUCUGCUUUGAAAACCUCCUCAGCAGAAAAUAACACUCAGAUGACAAAACUCCCGAUGAAUGAAUUAAUACAUCCAGCUCUCAAAUCGUGGCCUAAAAAUGGCGAAAAUAAUUUAGCAAGUAAAGUGGAUUCUGCAUAUGUUAUUCCUAUUUUCGAAGUUACAAGUGUUGUACCAAAAAUAUCUGCAAAAAUGAAGAAAAAUUUAAAUAACAAAGAGACCACACAAAACACAAUUUUGAAUGGUUCUGCAACACAUAAAAUGGAAACGCAUCUCCAAACAGACAUUAAAAACAAAGAAUUGACCGAAGAAAAGAAAGAAAUCUUAAACCACACUAUAACAACAGGUGCAGAAGUGUCAUUGAAUCUUCAAAAAGAAUUGACAAAUCCAGCUACGGUGAGCGAAAAUUCUCAAAAUAUGGAAACAUCCAAACCUAAUAAUCAAAAUGAUGUCAAUGAUCAGUGUCUUCAAGUUAAGAAGAAUCAUCAGGAAAAUAUGUUACAUCGAAAUCCAUCGGUUAAAAUGAAGACAUCUUUGGAAAAUCAAUUGUUUGGUCAAAAGCACUUUGGACUCUUUUUUAGAGGAAAAAAUAAUGCACUUAGUUUAGCACGAAUAUUCUCUAUGAAAUAUGAAAAACGACCUUCGGUAAAAUCAUCAAAUCCUAAGAAGAAACCUCCCGGAAAAAUAGAGAUACCGCCUACAUUCGACCCCUCGAUAUUGCCUACGUUACCUAGCGCAACUGAGGAGAAAAAACAUAUCGUUCUUUUUCCAACAGUAAGUGUUUCAGAAAACAAACAAAAAAUUGAAAAAAAGAUUGAAAAAAUUAAAAAGGCUGCUCUUAACAGGAAUUUAAUUCUACGUUCCAAUUCUACAAAUAGAUUGAAAAUACAAAAGUACUUAAAAUCCUUUCAAGCGAAGAAGAUACAAGAUAUGGUCUGUGAAGAACAAAGAAGUAUAAAUAAUAGCACGGAACACAUGAUUAACUUUCCAGAGACAUAUUUCGGUAAUUUGUUAAAUGCUAAAAUGCACAACAAAAAAAUGAAUUUUGCAACUGAAAAUGGUCUGGAUAUUAACUUUCAGUUCAAUGGUCUAGAUACAGAAUCUAAUUGUGGAUUUUUGAUGUUAGCUAAAUCUAAAUCCGAUAUUCAGUUCCCAGUUCAUGUCUCAAACUGCUCUACAGCUUAUAACAAUUAUCUGAAUAAGAAUUUCAGUUCUUUUCUUUGCGUACCGAAUUCUGAGUGCACCACAAAACUAUCCAGAUCAGUAAGUGAUUCGGAAGGAUUGAACAAUUACAAAAAUAUGAUGAUGUCUGAAGUAAAUACAGAAGAUUUCAAAGUUUUAGAAACCAUGGAAAAUAUACCUAGUAUUAAAAUUGAAACAUCUACCCAAGGUACGUCCUCUUAUGGAAGUAGCGAAACAUGUGAAAAGGAAAACAUUUAUCAAAAUGAACCAGUUUUUAAAUAUUUAAACUUUUCCAGAAAUGGUAUCAGUAUAGAACAGUGUAAGGAAUAUUUGUUGAGUUUGAAAGCUUCCUACACAGAAACUGGAAAUCAAAAAUCCGUUAAUAUUCCGAAUAUACAUGAUGCUACAAAUGUCCAUAAAGUAAACGGAAUAGAUGCAUUUCAUGAGCAAAACAUUUCAUCAAAUCUUUCUGAAAAUAGAACACUGAACUACGAAAACAAUAACAAUGACGUUUCUUUAUAUGAUGAUGUAUUUAAUGCAGUUAAUGGAUUUCCUUUGACAACGGAGACAAAUAAUUGCGAUUCAAAUCAAAAAGGUGUAAGAAGACGAAAUACAUUUAGUUGUGUUCAAGACUGUGGUGACAUAGUUAUGCAUGCAAUCGAACAAAUGCGCGGGAAAAGUGUCGACAGCUGUUCUGAAUUUGAUGACUACAUUCGAAUUUCCCAAAGCGAGCAAGAAUUGCAGUUCUCUCGUUCAAAAGAUGAAACCAAAUUUUCAAGUUCUCCAAAUUUAUGUGGCCUCCCUGCCAGUAAAAGACCUAAUUUCAAAUGGUUUGAUGAAAAUGCAAGUAUUACUAAUCAUAAUAUGAGAAAUGAUAAUUUAAUAAAUAGCAUUUGUGAGGAUACACCGACUGACUCUUCACAAACAAAAGAAAAAAGUGAUUUUCUAAAAAGAAUACUGCAAGCAUCGGGUCCUUCCAAUGAUUUAUCAUCCAGACGAUUCAACCGAACUGGUAAUUCGAUAAUAGGUGAAGACAGCUAUAUCUACAAUGAAAAUAGUGAGUUCCUUAACGAAAGAAGAUUGCCGUUUCAACAGCCAAACAAAUCUCAAUUUUUGUCAAAAUUUUUAAACGAUUUAGAAAACAAAACGAAUACAAAUGUAGUGAAUGGUAAUCAAAGUCCAAGACGCUAUACAAGAAACAUUUUUGCACCAGGUAAGCGGUCAAAAUUAGAAAAAAGAAGUAAGUCUUUCCUGCAGCUUUUAUCUUUGAAGCGAAUUCAAGAAGCAGAGAAAGAGAUAGAAAGAGUAGAGAGAGAAGUCAAAAUGGAUGAAGAAGAAAAUGCAGGCUCACUUCUUGAAGCACUAAAAACCCAUGGAUACAAAGGAGUCCUUUCGCAAAGAUUCCAGGGAACAGAAGACAAUUCAACAGAUACAUUUAAUCUGUACCAUUCAAAAAGUCCUUUCUUAAGGAGAAAAUUUUCUACUGAAUUUCCUCGCUUCAAUUCCAUGUAUUAUGACAAUUUAACACAAUUCGCUGUGCCGACUUAUGAAAUGAAUGAUUUAGAUAUGCUUAAUGGUUUUUCAUUAAGGCCUCUUGAAAUGUACCCUGACUUCAGACAAAAUUCACAAAAACAAUUUGUCAGCGACUGGUUGGCAGCAACUCGUGAGAAUGAAGAAUUCUUCACACCACAGAAUGUAGAACCAGAUUUGUCGUAUUCAGAAAGUGAUAAUCAUAAUGCCACAAAAGAAAUAGAAAAUGAAUCAAGUUUUGGAAAAGAAAGUUCAAGAUCUUUCGAAGACGAAACUUCAUCAUCAGAAUCGUUAGAUACACCUAAAGAUAUUACGAAAUCUACAUUAGCAAACGAGUCGAAUAAAAUAAGAGAUUACAUUGGAGACAAUUCAAUAUUGCCAAACUAUAAGAGAGGUGAAAGAAAUCAGGUAAGAAGAACUUCAUCAACAUCUGAAGAUGAAACAGGGGAAUCUGUGCAGGACAGGAUUUGGAGGAAAAGUUUUUAUUCGAGGUUUAAUAAUUCAGCACUGUCAAGAAAAGAAAGAUCUGGUUUUAUAGACUUGCCAUUUUUACCAGAAAGUCGAGCUGGAUUCAGUGGUAGUUUAUCACCUUUUAAAGUAACUUAUCGGGAUGGAACUGAUGUUAUGAAAACAAAUGGAUAUGAUCAUGAUCCACAAUCGAAAAGAAUUCAUGCUACUAAAAAGUAUUCUUCGACAAAUGAAAAUGGAUCAACUGAGUUCGUAAAAGUUAAACCUUCUAAGUUUUCAAGAAGUAUUUCUGUUGAAAGAACUGAAAACACAGAAAUGGAGGCGAAAUUCGAUGACACAGAACCAGAACACUGAUCAAGAAUUAUAUAGAUUUAUUGUUCAGUGAUAAUUUAUGAUAACUUGCUUUCGAAUGAACUUCAAAUAAUGCAAAAUGUAAAACCAAAAAUAUAUCAUUAAAUUAAACUAUUCAUUUUUAUUUAAAA